GGGUGGUGACGAUCUCCGUCACGACCCGCGUCGGCUUACAACACGCAUCGAGUUCCUUCUCCCUUCACCAACAACACUCAAAUGGGUGAUCCAUGGCUCAUCUUUCAAAUGCCUACUUUGAAGCCAAUGGUCCAAGCACUCAUCUUCGCUGCAGUUGCACCAUGGCUAUACGACCGAUAUACCGCUUUCUCCCCCAUGGUGGUCAGCCGUCCAGGGAGCUUCCAAAAUAUGCAAACUUUCAUCAGCCAUGAGGUGAAGUACCGGGAUCGUCUAAGGAACUGUGAGGAUGUCAUCAUGGUAGAAAGCCUAAGCGUCGCUUUCCUAAGCUGCGAUCCCGGACGUGAUCGAUGGAACACUGUGAUGGGAACCUUCAGACCGGAGGAUCCUUCCAUUGAUAACGCCGGUAUCUAUAUUUAUGACUAUGCAACCUCAGGAUUGGACGAUACGGCCCGCCUCAAACAGCUCACGAUCGACGAACCAGAUCUGCAUCCUCUCGGGCUGGCUUUCGACGCCUCAACAUCCACCCUAUAUGUUGUCAACCACGCACGACAACGAGGUUCACAUAUCCUAAUCCUGCAUGUUGACACCUCCGCCUUCACAUCAACACUGGUAGCCAGGCUCAAACACCCACUCUUGCACACACCAAACUCCGUUGAAGUCAUCGGCAAGUAUGAAUUAUACGUGACCAACGACCACUACAUUCGCGCCGCAAUAUCGCCUCUACUCAGUAAGAUCGAAACCUUCUCUGGAGCUCCUGGUGGCACAGUCGUAUACAUUGACACGCGCUUCCCAGAAAACGCGAAAGUGGUUGCAAGAGUCCCGUUCGCCAAUGGCGUCGCUUUUGUAAAUUCAACCACUUUGGCGGUGGCAUCGAGUUCAAAGUCUGGACUCUACCUGUACAAUGUCAAAGAGGACCAUAGCCUGAGCUUAAAAGAGGUCGUCAGAACGCCCGCUGCCGUCGACAAUCUCUCUGUCGACGACGAAAGCAAAGUGUUGAUGGCAGGCCAUCCAUUCGCGCCUGCACUAAUAAAGGUCUCGGAGAGCAGGGCGACAUGCAACCCGCAUGGCAGCGCGGGAGAGAGGGAAAGCUGUAAGUACACGGCGCCGAGCUGGGUCGCUGAGUGGAGCGCGCAGGAUGGCCUUACGGACCUGUACAAAAACAAUGGGCAAGGAUUCUCCAGCAGCAGCACAGCUGUACGCGACAACAACAGAGGCGUAGGAAUCAUCAGCGGCCUAUACGAGAGCGGCAUCCUGAUCUUCAAGAUAUGAGCACCAAAGUAUUCGGAACGGCGUCCAGUCGAAAUGACCCCAUUGCCGCCGCAUUGCGUUGAAUUUGGUUCCGGGAGCCAAUGAUGGGAGAUGGCCGACGAUUUCCUGAGGCAUGUGUACAUAUCGCUAAGGAAUAAUCGUGAUAUGCUAGGGCAUAGUUACAUGAAGUCCAGUCUUUCCGCUCCUCUCACUUGCAUCUGCUCGCGAUGGC